AUGUGGAGCGGUCAGCCUCAUAGCUGCAACAACAGCCGCGAAGAAACGAAGCAAUGGCUACUCGUUCAUGGUUUUGGUUCAGUUAUUCUAGUGUUGUUUGCGCAGUUCAAUUUAAAACAUCAUUUGAUCCUAGAUAGCUUCAUUUCAGCUAGGGUAUAG